AUGCAUACUAACAACACAAGUUGUAUACUAUCCCAUGAGCCUCUAGGAGAUUCUUCACACGUGGGGAACUGGUACUGGUCAGUACGCUGGGCUAUUAGCCUCGUUAUCGUGCUGGUAAACGGACUCGUCAUUCUUGCUAUUAUGCUAAGGCGCCGACUGCGCAUGACCACAAACUGGUUCAUCCUCUCCCUUGCUACCGCUGACCUAUCGAUUGGGGCCAUCGUAAUGCCUUCUGGGUACAUUUUGUGUACUCCCCCAUUUGAGAUGCGUUUGUUCUCCCGCCUGCUGCUUAUCACUAACUCUGCCGCCAAUCCAUUCGUGUACGCGCUUAUAAAAAGAGACAUCCGCAGAGAGAUCAAAGAACUGCUGACAUGUUGGUGCCGGCUCAGUCGAGGGUCAUCUGUGGGGGCCCUGGACUCAAGGAUCAGUACAAGAGGAAGGACGCCCUUACUUGCUGUGGCAUCUGCGACACAACCUAAUGCAGACCAUGCGGAAGAGACACAAGUUCAAGAUGUAAAUAAGACGUAAAGUCGCAUACAAACAGCGCCGAGGCUGGUUUCUAUAUGAUCGCAGGCGAUCGUCCGUGAGCGAUUAUAUAAAAAAAACACCCUGCGAUCAUGUGAAUUAUGUUAAAACUCAACCAGCGAUCGUUAGCGAUUAUAUGAAAACUCACCUGCGAUCAUGUGCGAUUAUAUGAAAACUCAACCAGCGAUCGUUAGCGAUUAUAUGAAAACUCACCCAGGGAUCACUGCGAUUGUAUGAAAACUCACCCUGCGAUCGUGUACGAUUAUAUGGAAACUCACCCUGCGAUCAAUGCGAUUAUAUGAAAACUCACCCUGCGAUCAUGAACGAUUAUAUGGAAACUCACCCUGCGAUCAAUGCGAUUAUAUGAAAACUCCCCCUGCGAUCAUGUGCGAUUAUAUGAAAACUCACCCUGCAAGGUGCGAUCAUAUGAAAACUCCUCCUGCAAUAACUGCGAUUAAAUGGAAACUCACCCUU